AUGAAGAAGUUCCUGGCACUGCAGAUCAGUGUUGAGAGGCUCCUGAUAGAAUUUUUGGAGGCCAAUGAAGUCAACCGGCCAGUGACGAUCCGUUCCAACUCAUUGAAAACGAGACGGCGGGAUUUGGCUCAGGUAAUCUCUUAUCAACCGUGGUGUAACUUAGAUCCCAUCGGAAAGUGGUCCAAGGUUGGCCUCAUUGUCUACAACUCACAGGUCCCAGUGGGUGCCACUCCCGAGUACCUGGCAGGCCACUACGUCCUGCAGGGUGCAGCCUCCAUGCUGCCAGUCAUGGCACUUGCCCCUCAAGAGAAUGAGCGAAUUCUGGACAUGUGCGCUGCUCCUGGAGGAAAGACUAGCCACAUAGCUGCAAUUAUGAAGAAUACGGGUGUCCUGUUUGCAAAUGAACUGCACAAGGAACGAUGCAAGGCUAUUGUUGGCAACCUGCACAGGCUGGGCGUGAACAACACUGUUGUCUGCUCUUACGACGGUCGCAAGUUUCCUGAGGUUGCCAAAGGAUUUGACAGAGUGCUGCUGGAUGCACCGUGCAGUGGUACAGGUGUGGUGUCCAAGGAUCCUGCUGUUAAAACAAAUAAGGAAGAAAAAGACAUCCUCCGCUGCUCCCAACUUCAGAAGCAGCUCAUUCUUGCAGCUAUUGACUGUGCUGACUGCAGCGACAACAAGCCAGGAUACAUUGUGUACAGCACAUGCUCAGUCAUGCCUGAGGAGAACGAAUGGGUUAUUGACUAUGCCCUGAAGAAGAGGAAUGUCAAGUUGGUUCCAACUGGGCUUGAUUUCGGUCGGGAAGGCCUCACCAGGUAUCGCGAGCACAGGUUUCACCCAACGUUGAACAGGACCCGUCGUUUCUACCCUCACUCGCACAACAUGGAGGGCUUCUUUGUGGCCAAGCUGAAGAAGUUCUCCAACACCAUACCGCUGACCCCUAUCACAGAAGAGAAGGAACACGACAAGGAAGAGCAGUCUGCUAAAGCUGCUACAAGUGAUGCACCAGACUCGCAACCAGCGAAGAAGAAAGCUCGGCUGGAGAAGACGUGAAUACAACUCCUGCCAUACCAUCUUCUACAUCAUCAGCAGUGCAGGUCAAGAAGGGCAAAAACACGAAAAGAAUUUAAAACGAAAGAAAAAGAAGAAGCUGCAGCGGCAACAGGCUGGUGGGGAGAAAGUGCAGAAGAAAUCUGAAACCCUGAUCUUGUUAGCAAGAAGCACGAGGCAGGAGCAAGUAGAAAAACCCAGACACAACCUGAGAAGGCCCAGUCAAAAACGAGCUCGUUCCAGA